UAUUGUUUCGAAAGCAACGUAGAACUGUCACUGUUGCGGAAUGAAAACAAACGAACAGUAGGCUACAAAAAAGGCGCAUCACGUAUGGAUAAAAUGUGUAAAAUUUCGUAAAAAGAACGAUUUUGCAUGCAUAUUUCCAUAACUAUGGCAUAUGAAUAACUCACAAAAUAAUUAAAUACUACGAGAUUGAUGUUUUGGAUGCAAAAAUAUAACUUUUUGAUUUUAUUUCGAAGUACGAAUGGCUACGCAGAACCGCUAACUCGGUGGUAUAAACUCGCUUCAGUCAAAAAUUAAAUGCGUAUGUGUGCGUAAAGCCGGAGGUGUCGAAGCAAACGAACUUUUGGGGGUUGCGUGCAUAAUUACGCACAAAUGUUGUUUCGUUCUCGGUUUUGAUGUUGCUUGAUGCGUACAAUAUGAUUUAGUUUAUUGUUAUAAAAUAUUGCGCACGAAGUGUCUUGCGUUUGUACACGUGUUAAUGCCAAUGUAUGCGAAUCGAUUCCCGCGUUCGACACUGCUGGUACCGUGUGUUUGUUAGUAGUUGUUGAGAGCGCGUAUAUUUUGAGAAGGGUGUCGUAAUGAACCGUCAUCGUGCGUAGGGCCCCGAAAAGAAGCAAGCGCAAGUUGUGUGGAGCAGCUCCAGCGCGUAUAAGUUUCGUGACUAUUUUCUACACACACGCACACACCGCACCCCGGACUACGGUACGCCCACCCCGGAAAGGAAUCGUCGGCCAGCGGACGGACGCGCACCGAUACAGGACGCCCUGGUGGACGGCGCGAUUGUCCCCGGGUAGUAGCAGUAUCCGCUCGCUCGAGCAGGGGCUAAUGAGUGAAAAUUGAUUGGCAGCCAGCAGCAGUGUGGGCCCUCCUUCCCCGAGUGUGUGUGUUUACGUGCGUGUGUGUGUGUGUGCGUCUGUAUGUCUGGCUGCUGGUAACGGGUUACCUUGAUCCCGGAGUGUGCGGCGCAGUGGCGGUGUUGUGAAGUGGAAUUAUUUUCUUUACGGAUUAUACUCUGUACGAUUGAAUACACAACCAACCACGAUGGAAGCUCCCCCGAGUGUGGAUGACUCUAUCGAGCGGGGGAAGUCGACGGAAUGCGACGGGGAGAAGGUGGAAGAAACACAAACAAAAGCAGCCUCCUCAGCGACCAGCCAAAUGCCAACCGAAUCCGACGCGGGGGAAAAGAGUGACACACCGCAGCAGAGCGGGUCGGAGGAAUCGAAGGACAGCGCCAACGGCAAAGCGACCGCAGAUCACGCGACAUCCUCUUCCUCAUCAUCAUCAUCAUCAUCGUCAUCUUCCAAAGGUGUUCCGCCAACGAGCAGAACGUUCGACAAAGUACCGAUCUUUGUGGUGGAGGACCAUCACGAAGUGCUCACGUUCCUUUACCGCUGCCUCGGCUCGAAGCAUUUACCCCUGCAGGGCAACCGGAUCGUUCACUUUGACUCGCACCCGGACAUGUGCAUCCCGAAGCACAUGCCCGCCAACUACGUGUUCAACAAGGACGACCUGCUGGACAGCAUCAGCAUCGAGAACUGGCUGAUGCCGACCGUGUUCGCCGGGCACGUGGAGCGCAUCGUGUGGAUUAAGCCGCCGUGGUCGGAGCAGAUCCCGAAGGGCAAGUACGCGUUCCAUGUGGGCGAGUUCGAGGGCUCGAUCCGGACGGACUCGACGCUGGAGUACUUCGUGUCGGAGGGUUGCUACCAGCCGGAGGACAAGCUGGAGAACCGCAAGCGCCUCCAGCUGGAGGUGUGCUCGGUCGAGGAGUACCCGGUGGCGGAGGACACGGACCUGGCGCAGGGCUACAUCCUCGAUAUCGAUCUGGACUACUUCAGCACACACAAUCCCUUCCUGAAGAUCUACGACCGGGUGCAGCUGUACGAGAAGCUGAAGGACAUCUUCGUUUCGCCCGAGCUGGCCGACGACGCGGAGAACGAUCUCGCCAAGCUGCAGCGUGUGGCGCGCGACCGGGAGGAGAAGCUGGAGUUUCUCGAGUCGAUCUUCCUGUACCUGGAGGAGGUGGGCAACCUGAAGCACUUCCUGGUGGACUACCAGCAGGAGAUCAGCGAGGAGUACGCGGGGCUGCUCGAGAAGGUGACGGUCCUGGUGCGGACGCUGAAGCGCGAGUACAAGGAGGAGGAAAUCGACUGGUCGAUGAUAUACGAUGCCGGGUGCACGUGCGACGUGACCGAUCUGCCGCACCACGAGUCGAGCCGGGAGGAGAUCGAAACGAUGGUCGGCCAGCUGGAGCGCUUCCUGGAGAAGGUGCCGUGCCCGCCGGUCGUCAUCACGGUGUCGCGAUCGAGCGAAGACGACUACACACCGGCCGGGCAGGUGGAGAUGAUACAGGAGAUGGUGCUGGCAGCGCUUACAAAGUGCCUGCGGGCGGAGCUCGACACCCCGAUACUGUACUAUAAGGAUCAGGAACUUAAUUUCAUUUACGUCCGCGACAACGGCACCUACCGUUGGAACGGCGGCCAGCCCGGAGAGUGCUUUCUGCUGGCGGCGGGGCUGCGGUUUCUCGGCCACCACCACCACCGGACAUUUGCCCCGCUCGUACAUCACCUUCUGCAGGUACUGUUCGCCGGUUUCCGGCGUCAGGUUCAGUUCAGUGCUAGGAUCACAGCAGUUGGUGUUUAUCGUGUGUUUGCGGAACCAGCAGGCAAUGUGGUCCAUUUCCGUUUUGAGGUAACGAAAAUGUCUUGGCGGACAGUUGAAAUCAUUACCCUUGCCGCCAUACAAACGGUGAUUGUGAACGUGCUGCUUCUGGGUCCGCUCGCAUUCCGUCCGGCAUUGCACUGGCUAUUGCUAGCAGCAUCCUUCGCAGUCGGGCUAGUGUUGCUCAAACGGAGUAAAGGCGCCCGUUGCGUCACGAUGCUACUGGUUCCACAGUUUCUAAGCAAACGAGGUCGAGCAGCGUUGAUAGGAUACAUAUUUCUGCUUACCCUCACCGGACCGACGGCAAACACAAUGGUGAACGUGGAGGUGCUGGGGGAAACGUUGAGCUGCACCCAGGAACAGCUAAAAGCGGCCAUACGGGACACGAUCAGCGCGCUAAAGGUUCCCUUUUUGGCGAUGAAAAAGAUCAUCGACGAGCUGCUGAAUACGGUCGAGCGAUCGUUCAUGAAGGUACAGCGCAUCAUGAUGGAAAUACUGAAGCUGGUGAAAAGGAUUUUGCACUCGAUCAAAAAAGCAUACGAUUGGCUGCGGGAUAUCGUUUCCGUGUGUAACGAUAAGCUGGGAACACCUUCCGAACGGUGCCUUCACGCGCUGGACCAGGCAAUCGAGGGAUGCAAGGAGGAGAUGGGAGCCAUGGACUUUCUGUGCGAAGUGACACAGGUUGCCAAGACGGUCUGCUACGGUGCGAAGAUGGUGGACUAUUUCUGUGAGCUGAUCGAUUUCAUAAGUGACGCUGUUGUAGAGGAAAUUGAACAAGGCAUUAAAAGGCUGAUGAAUAAUUUGGAAGAGUUGUUCCGAGUGAAGGUGGAAUAUGACCAUACCUUUGAUUUUAAAACCAACGUGUCCAAAACGCUGGCGGAAGUCAGUGCCGAUAUAAGGCAGGAAAUAGCGAACCGAACCUUACCGCUCAGAAGGACAUUCAACGUGCUGGGAAUGGUCACUAGUGGCUUUUUUAUAUGCAUUGUUUUAAGAGCAAUUCGUUACUGGAAGCGAUACUUGAAGAGGGAUCACUUUGAUAACCAUUUCCUUACCGAAGACUUUUAUCUAAUUGAAAAACGAAGAAUGGAACUGAAGGUGGAAACAGUUUUCCCGCUGACACGAAAGGAAGCUUCUCGCUAUGUUCCGCUUACUUCGUUCCAUUUGACAUGGAAGGAACGCUUUCGGAUAGCAAAAUCAUUAACAUUUUUGCUGAUCUCUUCCGUACAAGUGUGUGGUCAGCUAGCUGCCGAUUACUCACUCUACUGGCUGCUGACGCUUAUAAAGCAUUUUUUGACCGAAGGAUCCACAAAUACUACGAAGGGAUCCUCCAGCUCCGGUACGAUAACACCUCUGUCAGUAGGAGUAAGCGGAGAGGGUAUACUAGCCGACACGCUGCGCGAUAUUGUGCGUUCCUUUGAACCGAUCGUUAACGGAACGGCCAUCGAUCCUGCUGAAUGUAUCCCGGACGCGUCCACGCCUCGUUUUGCCCGCUACGGACAGAUUGUAGCAUUGUUGGCGCUCUGCUGGUGCUUUGCAUUUCUCGAACCGUAUGGACUGCGCGUAAGACAGCUUGUGAUGCGACGAUACUAUCCCGCGAGGGCACGUGCUCGGGCAAUCUGGCUUUAUGGUGAUAUUUUGCUAAAGCGAGCAAGUUUGCUUAAGAUGCUGCGGCUGCAAAUUGCGGGAACGAGCAGGGUACGGAAGCAACAAGAAGCGGUAAGCUGGAUCGAUGUGGUACGGGCGAAGACGAACCGAUACUGGAUCUGUCGGACGGUACUUGGACGGGGCGAAACCGUGCGAUGUAUUCUGUGUGGCGAUGCAUUGAAUGAGUGCGACGAUCCACACGUUCGAUGUUCGCGCCCCGACUGUCCCGGGCUGUACUGUCAGGAUUGUCUGCUGGAAACGGGAAAUAAUUGUUCACUGUGUAUGGACCUGCUCGUGUCGGAGCGGAGCGGUUUGGAUGAAAUAUAUUUGGAAUAGUUUACGCUACUGAA